UUCCUGGCAACCGCGCGAGAUAUCCAGCAGGAGCGCGGGCCACAGACCUAGUCAGUCUCGCAGCAACUACUGAACACACACGCACCUGCUUGCAAACCCGCUCUCUAAGUCACGCUCUCCUGCUCAAAACAGGCAUUCACCAUGAUGACGCGGGCGCUUCUGCUGCUGGCUCUGGUGGCCUUGGCGGCGGCGGGACCCAUGAAGCUCUACGAGAAGACAGAAGCUGAGAAGUUCCAGAAAGUGCUCGUGCCUGUGUCCUCCACGGUGAUUCCCCUGGACGACCUCCCCGUCUACAAGGUGGGCGUUGGGUUCGGCCUCGCCACGCCCGCCCCCGGCAAGUUCAAGCCCGAGGGCGGCACCAAGCUGAUCACUAUCCACAGCGUCAAGAACAAGGACAAGAAGCCGAAGGACUCCAACGCCGCCCUGGUUGAGGAAGUGACGAAGGAGGAAUACCAGAAACUCACUGCCCAGUAAACAGCCGUCAAAAAAUUCACUAACACAACCCAGUAAAUAAAAAGAGAAUUAGAAACAAAAUCUUACCGAUGUAGCGAAUGAUUAAUAGAUCCUGUAUUCUACCAGGUCAUUUUUUUACUCAAUCCAAGAUUAAUUAAAAAAAACAAAAAAACUUUAAAUUGAGAGAAGGUCGUGACGGAAGAUUCUCGAAGGAAACGGCGGGGUGGAGUGCCUCCCUCGGGCCGAAGGGGUUCAAAUGGGGCAAGAAGGGAACUAACGCCUACAUUACGUUAUCGGCAGCGAGGCUGGACCUGCACCCUGCUACGGGUGAUGAGUUAGCCAUGUACUGUUAAAGGUGUUCUAUUUAGGCCAACUCACACCGAGAUGAACUAUUUGGGAUUCGGGCUUCAGGGGAACAAAUAUUCUAAUACCCGUUUGGAGACUUUUAGUUAAAAAGCCUCUUUAUCGAUGUGAUAGGCCUUGCACUUAACCAAACUAGAGGCAUAGCAGAAUGUCGUGUUUUGUGACUGUACAGAAAAUAUGAUACAGUUAAAAACAAUAAACAGAAAGGUUCUCAUUCAGUUAAUCAGCUUGAUAAUACGUAACCGAAUUCAUAUUCCAACAUUCUAAAGGAAAAAGAUAAAGCUUUAUGAAACCUGUGCCAUUAUGAGAAACUUUACUGUGAUCAAAAAAAAAAUUAUACGAAAUAUUAUUUUCCCACUAAUAAACCUAAGAUACUU